GGCGGCGACGCCUGGCGGGUGCCCAACGCGCGUCCUCGCUUCUUGCCCCAGCCGGAGCCGCGGCCUCGACGCCAGUCAACUCCCCGGAAAAGCCGGGGCGGAGGCUCUUCCUUCCGUCAGCUGACCGGAGCCAGCACCCAGCGGGGCGAAGACUCCCAGCCCGGCCGCCGCAUCCCUCUGCGCCUUCCUGUGCGCUUUUACGCAGGCACCGCGCUUUGCAAAGCAGGCGCUGCCCGGCCGGAUCCUGCCGCGGGUGGAGGUGGCAACUGGACCCGGUGGAAAGCCGAGGAGCCCCUGCUCGGAGCCGCUGCCCGGGGGGGGGGGACCCCGGUCCGGAACGCCUGCCCGUCUGAAUGGCCAGUUAGGCGGUGUUUUGCUUCCUUCUCCGCCUCGGGGCCUUGACGCUACAGGAGCAAUGUCCAAAAAGCCUUUAAAUAUCCCUGUGGUAAAUGGGCAGCCACAGAAGACAGAAGUGGAAAAUGGACACCCCAAUUUGAUGCCACCCACUCUUAGCACCUCCAGCGUGGAGGAGAUGGUCCAGCAAAUGAAAGAACUCAUAACGGAGAACAACGAGCUUAAAGAAGCCAUGAGGCAGCGAAACCAGGCCAUGAAGGACCGCUUCGAGGAGCUGUCCGCUUGGAAGGAGAAGUUGAAAGAAGAGCGGGAAUUUUACGAAUCGAAAUUCAAAGAUGCCCGGCAGUGUUUGGCAGCCAAGUGUCUGGAGAAUGAAAGUCUCCACCAGAAACUGCAAAGCCUGGGAGAGAAAGGAGAAAGGGGCACGCAGGACAGCCCCGUUCCCAGGAAGGAGGCAGCCCAAGAAGUCGAGCAACUGAGGGCCCAGGUGGCGAAGCUGCAGGCCGAAAAGGCGGAUCUGGUGGCCAUCAUUUCCGAGCUGCAGCUAAAGCUCAAUGCGACCAUGGCCGAGGACUCCUUUGUGGAGAUCAGGAUGCAUGAAGGAGCAGCAGAAGGAGCCCUGAAACAACCUCAGGAGGUGGAUGUCAAAAGAAUAAACGAGAGCGCGGCUCUGUACGUCCGGACUAAAUCUAUGGACGAAGCCAAGAAAUACUUGGAAAGAGAAGAAUUAACCGUCAGCCAGCUUCUGCAUUCACUUAGAACCGAGACUCAGAAGAGGGAAACCCUGGAAAAUAAGAUGCAGGAACUGAAGGAUAAGUGUCAACAGCUGUUGAGUCUGAAAAAGAAAACAGAUGAGAAAGGCACUCAAACGGAACAAGAAGCCAAGAAGAAAGAAGAGAGAAGUGAAAGUGUGGGCAGUGAAGUGGAAACACUAAACCUGCAAGUAUCUGCCCUCUUCAGAGAGCUGCAGGAGACCCACGCCAAGUUAAAAGAAGCAGACGUAAUUCAGAAAAAGCUGCAUGAAAGGUGUCAGAUUCUUGAGAGGGAACACCCUGUCAGGGUUGGAGACCUGGAUGAGAAGCAGCAGUUGUUAUACACCAUUAAGAAGCUGGAGCUGCAAGUGGAGAGCAUGCAGUCGGAAAUCAAGCUGGAGCAGGCUAAAACCAACGACGAGAAAGCCAAGUUCAGCAGCCUCCAGGAUGCAUACAGCAAGCUUGUAAAGGAACUGACCGAGGCUUUGCAAACCGUUGAAGAAUUAAAAGGCAAAGAGGCGCAAAGGAUCGACCAGGCAUCCUUAGACGAAUUAAUUCACAAACUGGAUCUUGCCGAAAAGGCACUGGCUGCCAAGCAGUUGCAGAUCGACAAAAUGAAGCAGACUCUUACGAAGCAAGAAGAAGAGCUUGAGACUGUGGCUGUCCUGCGAGCUCAGAUGGAGGUCUACUACUCUGAUUUCCACGCGGAAAGAGCCGCGCGGGAGAAGAUCCAUGAGGAAAAAGAGCAAUUAGCCACACAGUUGGCGUACUUCUUGUCUGAGAAAGAAGAACGCGGAGAUCUUGGCAGGUGUUCCUUGGCAGAAAUGCAAACCCGUCAUGGAACCAGGCUGCCAUCAGAUCAAGGAGCAGAAGACCAGAAUGACCAACAGCAGUCAAGGGAUAUUCCUAUACAUUCUUGUCCAAAAUGUGGAAUAAUUCUUCCAGAUAUAGAUACACUUCAGAUUCAUGUUAUGGACUGCAUCACCUAAACAAUGGUUUCAGAAAUGCUUGGAAACAAAACCUGCACUUUGUAAGAAAAUAGUUCCAUUUUCAUCUUUGUUAGAAAGCAUUUGGAACCUUAGUGGCUUCUUCCUAAGGAUUCCAUAGGGAGGCUUAGGGUUUAGUUAUGCAUUCAAAAUUUACCUUACAAAAACUGUAAUAUACAUCAUUAUGAUCAC